GCAGUCACGCCACACCGCAGGUCGUGACAGAGUGUAAAUGAAAAGGAAUCGUCUUCCUUCGCAUCCCGCCAUAGCCCUUUUGGCUUGCGCGGUGCUUUGCGGCACCCUCGCUCAUGCCACCAAGGCUCAAGAUAUGAUGCCGGAGCUCAAAGCCGGAUCCGCUGUCGACGGGCCUGAGAACCCUCUAUCAGAGCUCGAAACACUCCAGAAUUGUUUGAGUCUACUCGAUUUCCUAUCGCAAGACCCAGCCAGCUUGAGCAGCAUCGAAUCGCCUGUAGUCACGCUCUGUGCUUCCAUUGUCUUCGGGGAUUCUGAAGCGAACGACGAGCUGGACUCUAAUGUUAUCUUCGGAACCGCGAAGCGGGACAUGCAGAAGCAGAAAUUCUUGCACUUCGGACGGAAAAGACGCGAAGUCAAGGGUAUCAACGACGUCAAGCGCCAGAGCGGGCAGAGCCGUGUUUUACACUUUGGGAAACGAACCAUUCCACUUAAUGCUGAAGAGCAGACCACGCUACGCCAAUUGAACGACCUGUUCAAGCGAUCUGGACAGAAUCGUAUACUGCACUUCGGCAAGAGAACUCCGAACCGCUUCAUACACUUCGGCAAAAGAGCGACGAACCGCUUCCUCCACUUUGGGAAACGAGACUUCGAAUCAUCAGAACCGGAGAAGAGAUCCAGCAAAUUCAUGCAUUUCGGCAAACGAGACGACGAAGAAACGGACGCCAUAGUCAACUACGACAUGAAUAUCGAAGACGAGCUCAUCAAGAGAGCUCCACCGAAUAGCCGUUUCAUUCAUUUCGGCAAAAGAUCUGGACCAGAAAGCAUCGCACGCGUGUGGCACCACGAUGACGUCACGGACUCCGAUCGAUUCGUUGACGAACUUUUCAAGAGAAGUCCCGCCAAUCCGAAUCGUUACCUGCAUUUCGGCAAAAAAGCAACGAGCAAGUUCAUGCACUUCGGGAAACGAGCUCUCGCAGCUUCAAGCGGGAUGGAUUCGUCUAGUUUCGAUGAAAACACGAACGAAGAAGCUCUAAAUCCGGACCUGAAGGAACGCAAGCGGAGGACUGAUAUUGGAUGCCGGCUCUACGAGUCACGGCACGGCUCCGAAAACCUGGGGACCUCCGGGAUCAUCAAGCUCGAAUACAGCGGUAGCGACGGUCUUCCCAUCGCUGUAGACGCCAAGUAG